CUCCCGGCCCACGAGGCUUUCAGGCUCCCACGCUCGCUUCCUAGCGCGGCCCCGCCCGCCGCAUCACGUGACUCGGCCACCGAACCAGAGCUGCAGGGCCCAAGCCGGGCUAAGUUCGUUGCCGGUGGCCUCUGCGGGUGCAACCACAAAGGGUAAUCCGAAGGAGUGGGGGGGCUCGCGAAGUCGAUGCUUCCUCUUCCAAUUCAGGUCGGCUCCCGUUACCUUCUCACCAUUCGCCGUUGCUAUCUUCCUGAGCGUUUGCAUGAGCUCUUUCGUCUGGGGAGGCUCCGGUGACCAUGUAGGGGGGAAAAGUGAGGAAGCUCCAGGUGCCUGGGACUAGGUCACCGCUGUUGGCACGCCGCCCCGGCUCCCCCCACAUCUCCAUUGCGGGCCGGUGGCCCCAUCAGCCCAGGUGGAAACUCCGGCCUGCAGUUGUGGCCUGGCAAGGAGCGCCACGAAAUCUCGCGCAGUCUCGCGAGAGUCUAAGUUGAAGGAACAUGGCGACGUCUAAUCUGUUAAAGAAUAAAGGUUCUCUUCAGUUUGAAGACAAAUGGGACUUCAUGCGUCCAAUUGUUUUGAAGCUUUUACGCCAGGAAUCUGUUACAAAACAGCAGUGGUUUGAUCUGUUUUCGGAUGUACAUGCAGUCUGUCUCUGGGAUGAUAAAGGCCCAGCAAAAAUUCAUCAGGCUUUAAAAGAAGAUAUUCUUGAGUUUAUUAAGCAAGCACAGGCACGAGUACUGAGCCAUCAAGAUGAUACAGCUUUGCUAAAAGCUUAUAUUGUUGAAUGGCGAAAAUUCUUCACACAGUGUGAUAUUUUACCGAAGCCUUUCUGUCAACUAGAGAUUACUUUAAUGGGUAAACAGGGCAGCAAUAAAAAAUCAAAUGUAGAAGACAGUAUUGUUCGAAAGCUCAUGCUUGAUACAUGGAAUGAGUCAAUCUUUUCAAAUAUAAAAAACAGACUUCAAGAUAGUGCAAUGAAGCUGGUACAUGCUGAAAGAUUAGGAGAAGCUUUUGAUUCUCAGCUUGUCAUUGGAGUAAGAGAAUCCUAUGUUAACCUUUGUUCUAAUCCAGAGGAUAAGCUUCAAAUUUAUAGGGACAAUUUUGAGAAGGCAUACUUGGAUUCAACAGAGAGAUUUUAUAGAACACAGGCACCUUCGUAUUUACAACAAAAUGGUGUACAGAAUUAUAUGAAAUAUGCAGAUGCUAAAUUAAAAGAAGAAGAAAAACGAGCCCUACGUUAUUUAGAAACAAGGCGAGAAUGUAACUCUGUUGAAGCAGCUAUUACUAGUGGAAGACAAUUACCUAUCAGCUCAUAUGGGGCUACACAGUGUUGCACACCAGAAUUUAAUAUUAAACUCAUGGAAUGCUGUGUAAAUGCCCUGGUGACAUCCUUUAAAGAGACUAUCUUAGCAGAGUGCCAAGGCAUGAUCAAGAGAAAUGAAACUGAAAAAUUACAUUUGAUGUUUUCAUUAAUGGACAAAGUUCCUAAUGGGAUAGAGCCAAUGUUGAAAGACUUGGAGGAACAUAUCAUCAGUGCAGGCCUGGCAGAUAUGGUAGCAGCUGCUGAAACUAUUACUACUGACUCUGAGAAAUAUGUUGAGCAGUUACUUACACUGUUUAAUAGAUUUAGUAGACUUGUCAAAGAAGCUUUUCAAGAUGAUCCACGAUUUCUUACUGCAAGAGACAAGGCAUAUAAAGCAGUUGUUAAUGAUGCUACCAUAUUUAAACUUGAAUUACCUUUGAAGCAGAAAGGGGUGGGAUUAAAAACUCAGCCUGAAUCAAAAUGCCCUGAGCUGCUUGCCAAUUACUGUGACAUGUUGCUAAGAAAAACGCCAUUAAGCAAAAAACUAACCUCUGAAGAGAUUGAAGCAAAGCUUAAAGAAGUGCUCUUGGUACUUAAAUAUGUACAAAACAAAGACGUUUUUAUGAGAUAUCACAAAGCUCAUUUGACACGACGUCUUAUAUUAGACAUCUCUGCUGAUAGUGAAAUUGAAGAGAAUAUGGUAGAGUGGCUAAGAGAAGUUGGUAUGCCAGCAGAUUAUGUAAACAAGCUUGCUAGAAUGUUUCAGGACAUUAAAGUAUCUGAAGAUUUGAACCAAGCUUUUAAGGAAAUGCACAAAAAUAAUAAAUUGGCUUUACCAGCUGAUUCAGUUAAUAUAAAAAUUCUGAAUGCUGGUGCUUGGUCAAGAAGCUCUGAAAAAGUCUUUGUCUCACUUCCUACUGAACUGGAGGAUUUGAUACCCGAAGUAGAAGAAUUCUACAAAAAAAACCAUAGUGGUAGAAAAUUACAUUGGCAUCAUCUCAUGUCAAAUGGAAUUAUAACGUUUAAGAAUGAAGUAGGUCAAUAUGAUUUGGAGGUAACAACAUUUCAGCUGGCUGUAUUGUUUGCAUGGAACCAAAGACCCAGAGAGAAAAUCAGCUUUGAAAAUCUAAAACUUGCAACUGAACUCCCUGAUGCUGAGCUUAGAAGAACUUUAUGGUCUUUAGUAGCUUUCCCAAAGCUCAAACGGCAAGUUUUAUUGUAUGAACCUCAAGUCAACUCACCCAAAGACUUUACAGAAGGUACCCUCUUCUCAGUGAACCAGGAGUUCAGUUUAAUAAAAAAUGCAAAAGUUCAGAAAAGGGGUAAAAUCAACUUGAUUGGACGCUUGCAGCUCACUACAGAAAGGAUGAGAGAAGAAGAGAAUGAAGGAAUAGUUCAACUAAGAAUACUGAGAACCCAGGAAGCUAUCAUACAAAUAAUGAAGAUGAGAAAGAAAAUUAGUAAUGCUCAGCUGCAGACUGAAUUAGUAGAAAUUUUGAAAAACAUGUUCUUGCCACAAAAGAAAAUGAUAAAAGAGCAAAUAGAAUGGCUAAUAGAGCACAAAUACAUCAGAAGAGAUGAAUCUGAUAUCAACACUUUCAUAUAUAUGGCAUAAUUUUGAAUAUCAUGGACAGUAUUAAGAACCAAAAUUUUGGAGUGCUUGGGCAGAAAGUUCUUGCAGUUUGUGCUAGAGGAAGGUUUAUUUGGACUUUGAUUACAUAAAUAUUAAAAUCUCUGCCUUACCUAACAAAACAACUAUAUUUUGCCAAUCACAUUAGUUAGCAUGGUGGCAUUCCCUUCAUGUUGCACACUCUGUUUUAACAGCAUGCCGUUUUGUGGAGAAACUUGCAUUCAUGAAGAGCCCAUAAUGAACUUUUAAAAAUCUGAUUUAUACCCACCGGAAGAAAUACAGUUGGGAAGGGUGAAAGUGGGGUUCUUGUUGCUUUUUUUUUUUCUUUUUUUUUUCUUUUUUUCCUCUCUUACAAAAAUGUACUUGCACAAGGAAGGAUCUUCAGAUGUUUGUGUGCUGAAAAAUGCUGUUACGUUUUGUUUUAAAAAAUGCAAUUAAAACUAGAAAUAGCACUCUUGGUUUCUUUUGAUCAAAAGAGUGAGCUGGUCUACACAACAUUGGGACAGGGCAGAUAUAGGUGAAAAGAUAAGUUUAUAAUAGUAUCAAAUUAUAUGUUCAAACACUGCUUCAGUAUAGCAGCUGGAUUUUAGUGGUGACUUAAAAAUGGUAUUAAAUUUUUCCAACUAAAAAAUGUUGGCUUUCUUUAAGCAGGAGACUACUGUCUUAGUUGUUUAUUGUUAAAUGAUGAAGAGUUUUUUAAAUCUUACAUGGCUAAGAGAGCUUGUUUUGAAAAAGUGAAGCUCAUAUUAAUUAUUAUUUUAAUUGUUUAAAAAAAUGUAUGGAGAUAGGUUGGUCGAUUGCAGAGUCAAAACAGCAAAAUAAGCAUUUUAAGUGUUUACUAAGACACUUAAUAUUUAUAUACUUAAUAUUUAUUAUGCCAUAUUCAAAUUUAUUAAAAACAAGACAGAAAUCUCCUGCUUUAAUAUAAUACAGUUAUGUAACUGACCUCUUAAUCUGUAGCAUAGAAAUAUUUUGAAAUUUUAAAGUCUCAUGAUUAGGGAUUUAUAACCUCAGGUUUCUGGAAAGGAAGACAUUCUGUUUUAAAAAGUAAUAAUUAGGUAUCAGUCACCUAGGAGGAAGAGAAAAACCACAACAUAGACCUGAAAAGCAUAAGCAAAAUUGUUGCAAUCUUAAUAUGAGCAGUAAACUUGCCAAAUAUAUGUAUAUAUAUAUUUAUAUAUUUUAAAAAUAAGCAUUUAAAAAAUGUUCAGAAGGCAACACUUACCUUGUUCCUUUUAGUCAAUCCAAAGUAGCAACUUACUAGUUGCUGGCAACUGAAUACCCAGAGUAAUGGAGAUUUUAGGACUUGAGGACAUGAACAACUUAAAAGAGAAAAACUUACUCCCCUUUGGGAAAGAAUGGCUCAACAUGGAUUUUAUUCAUUGUGGUGCACAUUUCAAAUUUUCUUGCAAAUUAUUUUAUAUUUUAUUUGAUAUUAAGUAAUAUUUUAAAUUAUUUUGAUGAUAGUAGGAAAUGGAGUGCCAGAGUGUUGAAAGGCGUACAGUAUUAUUACAGAGUGCUUUCAAGAGCAUUUCAUGGAAUCUGUCCCCAAUCCCAAGAGACUUUGUGAGCUGCCUGCUGAAAGGAAGGACAGCAAAUUUAAAACAUUUUAAAGGUUUUGCUGGCUAUAGUCAAAGGCCUAUUCUGAAACUCAUAAGAAAUUGGAAUUUUGUUUCUAAUUUAAAAUCUUACAUUUGAGCUCUAAGGUAGCAUAUGUCAGUUAUUAGACCAAGCAUAUUGUGAAGAUUAAACUAAAUUAGCACUCACUGUUUUCUCUAAUUAGAUGACUGUUAACAAUGGAUAAAUUCAAAAUUUUUAAAAACUGAUAAUUUGGUAAUAAUUGUGGCCCUUAUGUUUAAUAAAUAGUUUGGUAUUGGCAUAUUUGCUUAUCUGAUAAAGGAGCGCCAAAGGAGGAAGCAAUGGAAAGAAAAAUUACAGGCCAUUUCUUAAAGUUUAAGAUUUGUUGUUGUUUUAAACCAGAAUAGUUCUCAGAACUUUUUUUGGAAUUUCUAAUCUUUUUUUAGUCAUUUAAGAAUGAGAGCCAUGAUGUUUUGAUUUACAAAGGCAAAUUUAAUGCAAAAGUGGGUAACUCUAAAUCCAUAGCAAAGUUUUCUAAUAAUUUUAUAAAUUUUUAAAUUGCUAAUUAUGUCCUAAUUGUAUUUUGGGGAAUAGAACAGCAACAAAUACUGUAGACUUACAGUUUUCAUCAUUUUGUUCAUUAUGUAUACAAAAGUAUAUCUGACUACUUUUUGGUGUUUAUGAAAACCGUUUAGUUGACAAGGUGCCUAUACCAUUGUUGAAUUUUCUUUAAAUAUAUUUUGACAACAGAUUUGCUAAUUAAAAAAAAAAAAAGGAUCUGGAAAAAAAACUACCAGCAAUUUGCUAAAGAUACAGAAUCACAGUUAGUAUCCUUUAUUACUAAGUCCCUUUUCUCUAAUGUGCACUUAAAAUUAGUGCUAUCUGAGCAGGGAUGAACUCUGAUAUAGUUAAGGGGAAAAAUAUAUACAUAUAUGUGCAUAUAUUUUUUUCAUGAGUAGUAUGGCAAUAGGACACUUCAGAGGUUAAGAUUUGAACAUUGAUCUUCUAAUAUAAAGGUGGAGCCAUCUUGAAAAUGUUAACCUUUAUUGCCAUCUCAUUGCCAGAGUAAGUAGAUAUGAAACAAAACUUACAAAGUGAAAAUACAGAACAAUUUUAAUGCUUACAAUGAGUUAAAUAUUUAGAGUAUUACUGUUCUAAUGAUUUAAUGAGUAUCCUGAAAUAAAUUCUGAAGUCUUCCAAUUUUUACAUUUAUUGGAGGGGUCCCUGCAUUCUGGCAAACUUUAUUUAAGUCUCUUUCUCUUAUUUUGUGCAUAAAUGUUAAAAUUUCCAAAAAUGAAAUGUUAGCUUUCUUAUUUUUACCUUUUAUUAAAUUUAAUACAAACUAUGACCGGAGUAGUUUAAAAGUAUUUUGUAUUAUUUGCAGUAGGAUGUCAUUGGCCCUGCUCAAAGGGCAAAUUUUAAAAAUUCAAUUUGGGUGAAAGUUUUGCUAGUUUUCCAGAAAGAUUUGCUAUCUUAAACUCAAGCUUGUUUUUUCUAUUUUCAUGUAAAUGACUGGGAUGCUAUCUUAUAAACUCUUCCAAUGUCAUGUUUGUGAAAUAAACAUUACAAUGAGAGCUUUCCUGUCAUCUACACUAUAUAUGUUGUCUGGAGUGUUGAACAAAUUUGAGUUCCUAAGUUGUAAUCUAUCCUCGUAUAUACAAUUUUGAAUGUGUGCCACUACAUACUGAGAUGAUAAUGCUGUACAAUUUUAAAUGGUAGCAGUUUCUGUAUGCAGUAGGCUGAAAUAUUUUGAUGAACUGCUUAAUUUUUGGAUUUUAUUUUUUAAGUUGUAUAAUUUAUUUUCUUGCAAAAUAAAAAUGUAAUAUAAAAGCUUUCACCUAUCAAGAAAA